AUGCUCUUCUUUCCCAAGAAAUUAGCCGGCGCUGGCUACGUCGUGCUCAACGUCCUCCGAGUCAUGAACAUAAUUGCCCUUCUAGCCGUGAUUGCGGCGAGUUCAGUCAUGCUGGUCAAGACUUUCAUUGUAUCAAAAUUUUUCUUCUUCGAUGCCUGUGAACACAUUAUCCGAGUCGUAAUGAGCGGCUUCCUAAUCCUUACCGAGUUGUCGCUCUUCAAGUCGUACAUUUCCAAAAAUUGGCCUCUUUUCAGCCCUCGAUCUAGCUUCGUCAUGCUUGGAGUAGCCAUGAUCUUCCUCGGAAAUAGCGUGCUCGGAAAUCUCAACAAGCAAGCAACAAGCCAGGAGAGCAUUGGCUUGCCUUUCUGGCGCCUUGUCAUUGCUGCGGGGAUCAUCAUCUUUGUGAUGGGCUUCAUCAACCUCUUUGCAAGCUUCAUUUUCCGAGACACCAAAGCCCACCUCACAGCUCGACAAGUCAGAUCCCAUGGUGCCGUUGCAUCCCACAAAGCUGAUGUGGAAGCGUUCACACCGAAACCUCCAAGCCGGAAAAGCCACUACCGAUCCUUCUUCCUUGGCAGCAAGCGAGAUACCCUACCUUCAUACUCCCGCAAGAACGACGUUAUGGUCGAGACGCCGAAAAUGCACCUGGCCAUCUCAAGCCCUUUCCCUCAGGCAGCGCAGAGUCCUGGUGCUUCAAGCUCGAAGUACAGCGCGAGUCCCAAAAGCGAACGAUAUGCCAUGAGUCCUGAACUCAGCAGACCCGAUCUCGCGCAUCAUCCCGCAGUCACCCACGGUCAGGCCUUUUAG